AUGGAUUUGACUCUUUUACUGGUCUCACUCUGUUGUGUCAUGCUGUCAAACGCUUGGCCAGCGCUUCACUUCACAAGCAGCCGGACCUUCCAUAUCACGGUUUUCGAGGACCUGCAUUUCGGUGAAGGGGAGAACACAACAUGGGGUCCAUCUCAUGAUGAUAAGACCCUGGGGCUGAUGCAAUACGUCCUCAAGGUCGAAUCACCACAACUUGUGGUCCUGAACGGGGACCUGAUCACGGGCGAGAAUGUCGUCAAAGCAAAUGCCACGGCCUACAUGGACAAGAUCGCGGGUCCCCUUGUCCAAGUUGGUUUGCCUUGGGCAUCUACUUACGGCAAUCAUGACACCGACCUCCAUCUCGCCAGAGAGGAUAUCUUCUUGCGAGAGAAGAUGUACCCCAAUUCCCUCACGGAAUCGGACGUCAACAAGAGUGGUUCCGGUGUCUCCAAUUACUAUGUGCCCGUGUACCCAAACAACAUCUCCACAGUCCCGGCGAUGAUUCUUUGGUUCUUUGAUAGCCGAGGCGGGUAUGCCUAUCUGAAGAAACGGCAAGCCCAUGAUGGUUCCGUCACUUCCCUGGACGAUUGGGUGGACGAGACUGUGGUGUCUUGGUUUGAAGAGGCCAGGGACCAACUUGCCAGCACUUACGGGGCAUAUUUGCCGUCCAUCGCCUUUGUCCACAUCCCAGUCAGUGCUUCCGGGGCAUUCCAGCCAUCGGCAGUCAAUUCAAGUUUUGCACCUGGCAUCAACGAAGAUGGUGCCUUUCCUGGGCAGGGCAAAGGCAACGGCAGGCAAGACGAGCCAUUCAUGAAGGCUCUAAUGGACACCAGGAAUCUGACAGCGCUGAGUGUGACGGGUUUGACUGGUAAUGGAUUGAACCUUUGCUUCAGCCGGCGCACGGGUUAUGGAGGAUACGGCGACUGGAAGAGGGGCUCUCGCCAGAUUCUGCUGAGCCUUGACUCGCUUGGAAGCUCGAUUGAGACGUGGAAUCGCCUCGACGACGGAAGUGUCACAGGAUUGGUGUCUUUGAAUUCCACGUUCGGUAAAGACCAGUACCCAGUGGUCACGACUUGA